UACUUUUUUGUGCGAUGGUUAGAAAACCGGUCAGAACAGUAUAUAUCUUCUAGUUCAACUCACACACACACAAAAGGUGCAAAAUUCAUUUACUUUUUGGUGUGGCAGCUGACACUUGAGCAGUCCACAGCCAUUUCUUUGAGAAGAAACCAACAACUGGCCUUCAACGAACAGAGUGAAAAAUUGAUUAAUUUGUCUUGGUGGUAAGUUCAUCAGGUAAAAUUUUUGUUGGUACGUUUUGUUAGAGCAGAAGAAAUGGCUGUGGUUCCACAGGAAGCCAUCGACCAAUUUGAAGCUCUGAUGGAGGAGGAAGUUGAUGAAUCCCUCAAAAGAACAUUCCAGAACAUCCAUCAAGGAUAUCCUUGUGAAACUUUGAUGCGCUUUCUGAAGGCGAGAGAAGGAAACGUCACAAGGGCCCACAAGAUGUUAGUUGAUUGUUUGAACUGGAGAAUCCAAAAUGACAUUGAUGAUAUGUUAGCGAAACCCAUUGUUCCUAUAGAGCUUUACAGAGGGAUACGUGAUUCACAGCUUAUAGGAUUAUCAGGUUACACAAACGAGGGUCUCCCUGUCUUUGCUGUUGGAGUGGGCCUGAGUACAUUUGACAGAGCAUCUGUUCAUUAUUAUGUACAAUCCCACAUUCAGAUCAAUGAAUAUCGGGAUCGUGUGAUUCUGCCAGCUGCGACCAAAAAGUACGGGAGGCAUGUUAGCAAAUGUAUAAAGAUUCUAGAUAUGACUGGGUUGAAGCUCUCAGCGUUAAACCAAAUAAAGCUAAUGACUAUUAUUUCUUCUAUUGAUGAUCUGAACUAUCCAGAGAAAACACUAACGUAUUAUAUUGUGAAUGCGCCGUAUGUCUUUUCUGCUUGUUGGAAGGUUGUUAAGCCACUUCUGCAGGAGAGGACAAGAAGGAAAAUCAAUGUACUGUCUGGUUGUGGACAGGAUGAUUUAUUGAAGAUAAUGAAUUAUUCCUCCCUCCCCCAUUUCUGCCGUAAGAGAUGUUCUGGCUCUUCAAAACAUCUACACAAUAACGUUGACAAUUGCUUUUCCUUGGAUCAUCCCUUUCACCAACAACUUUACAAUUACAUUAAGCAGCAAGUCUUGGUUUGUAAACCUGUUGAGCCAGUAAAACAGGGGUCUGUGCAUGUGACUUUACCUGAAGAUGCAGCUGAAGGAGAUAUUGCCAAGAUUUUGGAAUCCGAGUUGGAGAAAUUUGAGGAACUACAGAGAUGUCCAGAAUCAUUGAAGGACCUGAAAAUCAUUGAUGACAAGUGCUAGACGAUACUUGGUCUCUGGUUUAAGGUGCUAAAUCACAUCCUAUAGAAUUCUAUUUUUAUUAACGUACUAACUAUUCUAGCUAUCCUGUAUUAAUUGUAUCAACAGUAUGUUAAAUUAGUAGAUACUUCAAGGGAACAGGAACAGAUGAUGUAUGCAGUUUUAUAUGUCGGCUAUCAAAACAUCAACUUGAAGCUGUUCCAAUUCGUUUAUAAUUCUCCAGCUUUUGGAUCCCA